UACUUAUCCUCUUGUUUAGUUGUACAUCUGGCCUCCCACAUCUCUUUCUGUCCUUGUUAGAGCCGGUUGUCCUUUGUCUUUGAAGACUGUAGUGUACACCUUUGUAUGAAAUCUUCAUUUUUUGGCAAUUUCAAGCAUUGUAUAGCCUUCAGUCCUCAAAACAAUGAUUGACUGACGAGUUUCUAGAGAAAGCUGUUUAUUUUUUGCCAUUUUUGACCUAAUAUUGACCUUAAGACAUGCCAGUCUAUUGCAUACUGUGGCAACUCAAAAACAAACACAAAGACAAUGUUAAGCUUCAUUUAACGAACCAAAUAGCUUUCAACUGUAUUUGAUAUAAUGACAAGUGAUUUUCUAGUUCCAAAUUAGCAAUUUAGCAUGAUUACUCAAGGAUAAGGUGCUGGAGUGAAGGCUGCUGGAAAUGGGGCCUGUCUAGAUUUGAUUAAAAAUGCCUUUUUUUUUAAAAAAUAGUGACAAUGCUGUUUUUUUUAACAUCAGUAAUGUCCUGACUAUACUUUGUGAUCAGUUGAAUGCCACUUUGGUGAAUUAAAGUACCAAUUCCCUUCCUAAACAGCAAAAUUUGUACAUAAUUCCAAACUUUUGGCCACCAGUGUGUAUAUACAGUUGAAGUCUGAACUUUACAUACACUUAGGUUGAAGUCAUUAAAACUCAUUUUUUAACUACUCCACAGAUUUCAAAUUAGCAACUAUAGUUUUGGCAAGUCGUUUAGCACAUCUACUUUGUGCAUGAAUAAUUUUUCCAACAAUUGUUUACAGACAGAUUGUUUCACUUUUAAUUGACUAUAUCACAAUUCCAUUGGGUCAGAAAUUUACAUACACUAUGUUAACUGUGCCUUUAAGCAGCUUGGAAAAUUCCAGAAAAUGAUGUCAAGCCUUUAGACAAUUAGCCAAUUAGCUUCUGAUAGGCUAAUUGGAGUCAAUUGGAGGUGUACCUGUGGAUGGAUUUUAAGGCCUACCUUCAAACUCAGUGCCUCUUUGCUUAACAUCAUGGGAAAAUCUAAAGAAAUCAGCUAAGACCUCAGAAAAAAAAUUGUGGACCUCCACAUGUCUGGUUCAUCCUUGGGAGCAAUUUCCAAAUGCCUGAAGGUACCACAUUCAUCUGUACAAACAACAGUACAAGUAUAAACACCAUGGGACCACGCAGAAAGGAGACGCAUUCUGUCUCCUAGAAAUUAAUGUAGUUUGGUGCGAAAAGUGCAAAUCAAUCCCAGAACAACAGCAAAGGACCUUGUAAAGAUGUUGGAGGAAACAGGUAGACAAGUAUCUAUAUCUACAGUAAAACGAGUCCUAUAUAAUAACCUGAAAGGCUGCUCAGCAAGGAAGAAGCCACUGCUCCAAAACCACCAUAAAAAAGUCCAGACUACAGUUUGCAAAUGCACAUGGGCACAAAGAUCUUACUUUUUGGAGAAAUGUCCUCUGGUCUGAUGAAGCAAAAAUUGAACUGUUUGGCCAUAAUGACCAUCGAUAUGAUUGGAGGAAAAAGGGUGAGGCUUGCAAGCCGAAGAACACCAUCCCAACCGUGAAGCAUGGGGGUGGCAGCAUCAUGUUGUGGGGGUGCUUUGCUACAGGAGGUACUGGUGCACUUCACAAAAUAGAUGGCAUCAUGAGGAAGGAAAAUUAUGUGGAUAUAUUGAAGCAACAUCAAGACAUCAGCCAGGAAGUUAAAGCUCGGUCGCAAAUGGGUCUUCCAAAUGGACAAUGACCCCAAGCAUACCUCCAAAAUUGUGGCAAAAUGGCUUAAGGACAACAAAGUCAAGGUAUUGGAGUGGCCAUCACAAAGCCCUGACCUCAGUCUGAUAGAAAAUGUAUGGGCAGAACUGAAAAAGCAUUUGCUAGCAAGGAGGCCUACAAACCUGACUCAGUUACACCAGUUCUGUCUGAAGGAAUGGGCCAAAAUUCCAGCAAAUUAUUGUGAGAAGCUUGUGGAAGGCUACCCAAAAUGUUUGACCCAAGUUAAGCAAUUUUAAAGGCAAUGCUACAAAAUACUAACAAUGUGUAUGUAAAUUUAUGACCCAUUGGGAAUGUGAAGAUAAACGCUGAAAUAUAUAAUUCUCUCUACUGUUAUUCUGACCUUUCACAUUCUUAAAAUAAAGUAGUGAUCCUAACUGACCUAAGACAGGGAAUGUUUUCUAAAAUUAAAUGUCAGGAAUUGGGAAAAACUGAGUUUAAAUGUAUUUGGCUAAGGUGCAUGUACAAUUCUGACUUAUAUAUAUUGUGAUGACAACAUUAUCCUCGACAAAUAAUAGUUGCUAGAGUGAAGAUGAUUUGAUCUGCAGACACUUAUACUAUGCAACAUUAUGGACAUUUGACACCCACAUUUACAUUGUCAUUAAUUUACAUAUAUUUUAAUAAGUAUAUUAUGACAAGAAUUGAAUUUUAAUUUAAAAUGUUUUUAUAUUUGAUUUUACAUAUACAGUGUAUUUAUAUUAGAAUACUUUAUAAUUAUUAUAACGUGUAAUGUUUAUUAUUCUUAACAGUGUUAGUUAUAUAGAAAUACACAUGCUACAGGUCAAAAGUUUUAGAAUACAUUUUGAAGACAUUUUUGUUUUUUAAGAAAUUGACACCUUUGUUCACCAAGGAUACAUUAAAUUGAUCAAGAAUUACAGUAAAGACAUUUAUAAAAUUAUGAAUAAUUAUUUCUGUUAAGAUAAGUGCUGUAUUCUUUAAACUUUCUGUUCAUCCAGGAGUCCUCUACUUGUAGCAAUGCAAGUGUUUGGCUUGUACUGUUCAUUGAAGCUGCCAGUUUAGGACCUGUGAAGGGUCUGUUUCUAAAAACUAGAAACUCUGAUGUGCCUCUCUAGGCCAUCCACGUACCUCUUUGUCUUAGAUCCAGUUAGAUUUUUUUUUCUUACAAAACAGUAGUGCAUGAAAUAGCCUUCUCUCAAUCUCUUAAAAGAACAAAAGACUGAUUAAUAAUUAAUUAAUGAGAAAUGUGUUUCUUUUUGGCCAUUUUUAAAACCAAUUUUUUACUUGCAAGUGUAAAGAGACUUGUAAGAAAUGCAAGUCUACUCUUUAUCUUAGCAAAUGAAAAAGACAUUGUAUUGCGAUUUCAUUAAGUAGCGCAACAGUUUUCAACUUUUCUAAUUAUAUAAGUUUCUAGAGUACUGAAUUAGCACUUAAAGGUUCAAUAUGUAACAUUUUUCAUGUAAUAUUCACCUUUUUUUUUUUUUUUUUGACAAUGUGUGAAAGGCUUGUAACGCAAGUUAAAAAAUGAGCCCUUCCUAGGUUGCCUAUUAAAGCCUGUAGACUGAUUUUCAUGCAAAGGGAGCGGGUCGCUUUUGCUGGGAAAAUCCAAAGGAUGUGACAUUUAUGCUUGCCUCAGUGCUUCCGCUAUUCAACAGCAACAACAAACUGCAACACUAGGUAACAUAUCUUAGAGAUGGAAUACAGCAAACGUCCAGCUCACAGCACAACACCGACUCCUACACAAACUCAGAGUAAGCCCAAAAAAACAACAUUUAUCUACUGAAUCCUGUCUGGCUAAGCAGGAACGUGAUUGUGGUCGAGCGAAAAUUAGGUUGAACAUCGGCAGGGCAUUUGAUUCCUGGAAGGACCUUCGUUCGGUUUUUGGGAUCAAAACUGACCCUGAAUUGGCGUUCUUCUUAUUGGACAGGGACCUCCAAGGGCCACAAACCGGUAAACAGACCACGAUCAUGGAGUGGUUAGCACCGACUUUAGAGAGGGACCUGGGUAUUGAUCAGUGGCAGACUAGACCUAGUCAACGGCCUAAUGAACUGGUGGUCCUGGUCCCAACCCGCUGGUUGAUGGCCCUGAGAAACAAGAGAGUUACUCACUGUGCAAGAUACGAGUGCUUCAGUGAAGGGGAAAUCUGCACUCUUCUCCAGCGCUCUCAGAUGAAAUUGCCAUCCGGUUGGACACGUGUUUGUAUCCAAGGCCUUAGGAAGCAUAAACUGGGAUACCGAUUAGCCAAGGAACCAGACUGCCAUGGCGAGGGACUCUCUCAGGACUCUUUCAUGACUCUCAUGCAGGGAGUAUCACAGUCUAAUUUCAGAAAUCUAUGGCAUGAAGCUUACACAAAUCAUGUGCAACCAUAUGCAGAUUCCACAGAGCAGACUCAGGUUGUGGCUAUAGAUGCUGUUCGCCAAGCCUUGCAGAAACUGUUUUGCUGCAGCUUUAUCUCUACUGAUCGUGUAUCACCAUCACUCUCUCCAGCCAAAGAGAAGGAGAAAGAUUGUCCUUUCCCUUCCAGCUCUUCAGCUAUCAAACAAAGUAUUGACAGUUUGUGUCCAAAUGUGCUCCCUGCGGAAUGCUUGCUUGAGUCAGAGGAGGUUUUUUAUGUAGUUUUCCCAUACACGCAGUACACUGUUCAUGACAUUGUCACCUACAGUCCAGCUAAGCUGGCCAACAGCCAUGCUAAGAUAUUGUUCAUUUUGUACCAGCUACUCGUAGCAAUGCGUGAAUGUCAUGCCUCAGGGCUUUUGUGUGGGGAGCUCUCCUUACUUGACAUUGCAGUUGAUGAGCAACUCUGCAGUCGCCUCAAGAUCUCACUGGCACAUUAUGAAAGGUUCGGAGAGUACAGGAAUGCCAUGCCAUGUGCAUUGGGAAGUCAAGUGCCAACAAGUGUUACAACAAAAGACAAUCAGAGUCUUAACAAUUAUGAGAGUGGACAUCUUUGUCAAAAUUGUCUGCAUAAACUCAAAUCUCUGGUCCUAGACUGGGUCCAUGGCCACGUUAGCAACUUUCAUUAUCUAAUGGAGUUAAAUAGACUGGCUGGGAGGCGUGAGGGAGACCCAAACUAUCAUCCAGUUUUACCUUGGGUGGUGGAUUUCACUGUGCCAUACGGAAGGUUCCGUGAUCUCAAGAAGUCAAAAUUUCGUCUAAAUAAGGGUGACAAACAACUGGACUUUACUUAUGAAAUGACCAAAGAGGCACUAGCGGCAGCAGCAGCUAAUGGCAGUGGUGGCAGCAAUUUUGCUUCUGAUCUUAGUGGACCAGGAGGACCUUGUGGUUCAGGACAGUCAGAUCACCUCCAUGUUCCCCAUCACAUCUCCGAUGUGCUAUCAGACAUCACUUAUUAUGUCUACAAAGCUAGACAGACACCUAAAUCUGUACUGUGCAGCCACGUUCGUUCCCAGUGGGAGCCCAAUGAAUAUCCAGCCAGUAUGGAGCGCAUUCAGAGUUGGACUCCAGAUGAAUGCAUCCCAGAAUUCUACACUGAUCCUUCUAUAUUUCGUUCUAUUCACCCAGACAUGCCAGACCUUGAUGUACCUCCAUGGUGUAACUCCUAUGAGGAGUUUAUUGCUGUGCAUAGACAAUUGCUAGAGAGCCGAGAUGUGUCUCAGCAGUUGCACCACUGGAUUGACCUAACAUUUGGCUACAAGCUCUCAGGUAAAGAAGCUAUCAAAGCAAAGAAUGUGUGCUUACAUUUGGUGGAUAACCAUACCCAUCUCACCAGCUAUGGAGUAGUGCAACUAUUUGACCACCCUCACCCACCUCGCCUUGCACCUUACCAGUAUUCACCUCCAGAACCUCCUCACUUUGGUCCUGUCAGUGUAACGACAUGGCAUAUUCCACCACUUGAGACUACAAUGGAUAGUGUGGAUGGAUUGGUCCCAGAGGCAACAGGAUGUGAAUUCAGUGGUUGGUCAAUGGUUGGCCGUGAUGAGCUUGAGCAAGGAAUGGAAGCCCUUGACCUAAGUGGAUCAGUAUCAUCAGCUACUUCUGUUCCAAUCCCAUUGGUUGGUUCCUCUGGUGGAAAAACUGCCAGUGAGAAUGCCGCUUUGGCCAUUUCUCCCUCUCAUGGUUCUUUCCCCGGAGAAACAACAGUAAAUGUCACAAAUAAUCUGGGUUCCGGUAUCAGAGCAUCCAUGCUUCAGAGACCUGCUCCUGUUAGUAAAAAGCCAGAGGUGUCUAAUUUUGAGGAUUUCAAGAUAAGCCUUCCAGAGGGAUUCAAACCUUUUCAGCCUUUGGAAGAGUUAGAGAAGCUUAACAACUUCCUGGUGAAAGGGCUACAUUCUCAAGUCCAACAUACAAUGAAUCUUGAGAUGAACAAGAAUGACGUGAGACCUGUACUCAAAUCUCCUCUGUCAUUCACAGACCUUUUCCAGAGAGAUAUGCAAGCCUUGGGUGUCCUCAUCGCUGAGAUGUUUUAUUCCUCUAAACUUCAAGGAUUGGGCCCAGGCACACAUCUGAGUGAUCGCUUUCAAGCAGUAUUGAAGUUGUGCUCUACAAACCUUCGUGAUGUUCCUCUACCACUUCAUCAUGCACUGGAAACUCUUCUGCAGAUCCACAAGCACUCUUUUAAGACGGAAUCACUCACAUUACACUCACUAGGACUGCCAUUUCUUUUCAGGUAUGACCCUGUAUAUGAAGGUCUUCCACCACCAAACCCUUGGCAACUGCUUAGUCCUGUUCUUUCCCCUCUACCCUUUCCAGCAUAUUUUGCAACACUCCAUAGAUUCAUAUUCACCUACUACUCCAAGAUAGAGUCCAUCAACAGUGUUCAGGGUCGUGACAUUGUAUUCAGUCUAUGGCAGCAGCUGGAGACACUUCUAAAGGGUGACAUCACUGCAGAGGGGCUCGAAAUUCUUUUGCCAUUUGUGCUUGCAUUGAUGUUAGAGGAAUCAACUGCAGUAUAUGCUGCCUGGUACUUAUUUGAGCCCGUGUCAAGGGUUCUUGGGCCACGCAAUGCCACCAAGUACUUACUCAAACCUUUGGUGGGGGUAUAUGAGAAUCCCAGAUGCCUUCGAGGUCGUUUCUACCUCUACACAGAUUGCUUUGUGCUGCAGCUUAUUGUUAGGCUUGGCCUACAGGCAUUCCUUUCAAAUCUUCUUCCUCAUGUUCUGCAGAUCAUUACAGGAUUUGAUGGUUGCAAUAGAGGCACAGGGUCUCAAUGGGAGGGCCUUAAAGUUUUAAGGGGAGCUGCUGGUGCCGUAGAUGAGGAAGAGGAGGACUUUGAGUGUGAGGAUGGCAGGUCGUCUGCUGCUACAUCAACUGGGAAAGUCGGAGGGGGCAGUGGAGGUGGUAGUGGAGGUGCUGUCGGAGACCAAGGACUUGCAGAUUAUUCCUCAGGCAUCAGUCUUAAUGACCAGGUUUUUCUGACUGAAGGUGAGGACUUUCAGAAUGGCUUUUAUGUGAAUAAUAGUGCAUCCGGAGCAGCAACAGGACUGGCUGCUAAACAGCAGAGCCAAAGCUUUGUAAACAAAGACCAAGACCAGGAAUCUCUCAGUGUGGGGAAGCUCAGUGACAAAAGCAGUGCUAGUGAGGUGUCCAUUGGAGACCGUGCAAGUUUAAAGUCUGUUGACAGCAGUCCGGAUCUGAAGCAAGCUAGUGAUGGUGAGGAUGGUGGAGAGCUUGAGGAUGAGGAGGAGACAGAAGAUGACAGAGAGAUUACAGUGCAACGGGUGCCCAGUCUAGAGAUGACUCUUUCAGUCUGCACAGAGGACUCUGAGGGAACUGUGGCUACUCUUGAGGGAGACAUCAUGAAUGGAAUGGUGCAAGGAGAUGCAGAGAAAAACAUGGAGGAAGAAGACACUGAACAUGACACUUUAGAGGAUUCUGAAGAAAAAGAACACAAGAUAUUGUUAGACACUGUUUGCAAAACUGUUAGAUGGCUGUCUGCAAAACUGGGGCCAACACUGACAUCUCGAUACAUAGCUAGGCACCUGCUGCGGCUCCUUACUACUUGCUACAUAGGUCCUGAAAAACACCAGUUCGUGUUAUCUGGGAAUGAGGAGAAUAGCCUUGAGAGUGUUGGAAGCGUAUAUGAGAAGAAGCCAGUUGUUGGCGACCAGACUGCACGACCUGUCCUUGAGAGUCUUAUUUACAUGGCGCAUCUCUACGGAGAACCAGUGUUGACUUACCAAUAUCUUCCCUACAUUGGUUACCUGGUCUCUCCACCUUCGUCUUGUCGCUUAAACACUCGAAAGGAGGCAGGGCUUUUGGGUGCUGUGGUACUCACUCAAAAGAUUAUAGUGUUCCUGUCAGACACCACUCUGAUGGACAUGCUGAUGAAGAUUAACCAGGAGGUUCUGCUGCCUCUUCUGGAUUUGUUAACCUCAGCUAAGAUGGGCUUUCCCAGUGGAGUGCAGACUCGUUCUGCUGUGUGUUUGAAGACCCUGAGCCUCAUUGCACUGAUCUGCCUCCGUAUUGGCCGAGAGAUGGUACAGCAGCACAUGGCAGAAACACUCUGCAGGUUCUUCCAGGUUUUCUCCUUAUUGCACAGUCUACAAAAUCAGAUGGGAAGUGCCCCACGUAGGGAGGUUGGAGACAGCACAUACCUGGAUGUGUGCAUUCCAGAUGGAACAAUAGUUACUUGUGAGCUUGGAGUUUUGGAGCAACUCCAGGCUGUGUUUAAUCCUGAAAUGGCUUAUGCAUCUUACAUUCCAUUCUACUGUCUCAUUGGUGAUGCAGCGAUUCGCAAACUAGUUACCAACUAUGAGCUUGUGUGGAGCCUGGCUCAAUCAUUUCAUGAGAGAGCAAGUCCAGGUAGCCCGGAAGCCAACCCACCUGGGGGCCAAAGAGCAUCCACUAUGGGCUUGUCUCCUAGUACGCGCCGCCAGAUGGGGCGCAGUCCCAUUCCUGCUCCCUCCUCCACUUCCACACCACUAGGUGGAGACAUCAUGCCUGAGUCAGGUACUUUUGGCAGCCAUCUAGUUGGAAACCGUAUCCAGGUACCCCGGGACACUGAGGUCUGUGGGAGUCCUAACUUGUCCUCUGUAGAAACAUGGGGAUGGCCUUAUGGUAGCCAUGCUCCUCAGACGAGUCUAGCCACCACUGCACUUUCCUCAGCCGGACCUUCCUUCUCUCUUUCCUCAUCCUCCUGGGUCAUGGGACCCACUCCAGAGGAUAGCGCCCUGAAACAGGACCUCUCUCGCAGUAGCCGCUCCUUGCAGGGUAACUGGCUUGCAUACUGGCAGUAUGAGAUCGGUCUGAACCAGCAGGACUCGCAUUUCCAUUUUCACCAGAUCCGACUUCAGAGUUUCCUGGGCCACUCGGGCACAGCUAAGUGUCUUGCCCCACUAGCAAUGGAAGACUACUUCUUGUCCGGGAGUAAAGACAAAACAGUGAAGCUGUGGCCGCUAUAUAACCACGGUGAUGGCACACGAGAGGUUAAACCACGGCUCACGUACACAGAACACCGCAAAUCUGUGUUUUACGUUGGCCAGCUGGAAGCCUUGCAGGAAGUUGUGAGCUGUGAUGGCACUGUGCAUCUCUGGGAUCAAUUCACAGGUAAAAAUAUUCGUUGUAUUGAAGCUCUGGAUGGGAAGAACCCUAUCACGGCUGUCACCACUAUGCCUGCUCCUCACUGCAGUGUCAUGUUUGCUAGCGCUGACUCUGUGCUCCGUUUCAUAGACCCACGCAAACCUGGCUUACAGCAUGAGUUCCGCCUGGCCUACAGUAACAUGAGCGCAGGGCUGAUCCGCUGCCUUGCUGUCAGCCCUGGUGGACGCACUGUGGCGGCAGGUUUCUCCACUGGAUUCAUAGUGCUAUUAGAUGCAAGAACAGGCCUUGUGCUUAGAGGCUGGCCUGCUCAUGAGGGUGAUAUACUGCAAAUGAAAGCAGCAGAGGGAAAUUUGCUGAUUAGCUCCUCUUCAGACCACACAUUGUCUGUUUGGAAGGAUGUGGAGCAUAAGCCCCUACACCAGUACAGAACUCCAUCUGACCCAAUCCAUGCAUUUGAUCUUUAUGGUGCUGAGAUUGUGGCAGGCACUGUUGCCAACAAGAUUGGGGUGUAUUCCAUUCUGGACAACACAGCCAACCUGGCAGGAUGCACCAAACUGAGCUCAGAAAACUUUCGUGGGACCCUCACAAGUUUGUCUGUGCUGCCUACCAAGAGACUUCUGCUGCUCGGCUCUGAGAAUGGUGCCAUCAGGCUACUGGCUUAAACAAAAUCUUUAGAGUAUUUUAAGGGUCUGCUAUUGUGUUGCUUUUUCAGAAGACUAUAUUCUCCCUGUGCCAAUUCUGGCUGCUUGCCCAGAAUGAAACAAGCUUGAUAUGCCAACCAUGCACAAUGAAAUUUGCUUCAUAAAGGUAGCAAGCCUGAUAUUUUGAUUUUAACCUCUCUGAAAGAGGAUUUAAAACCUCACUUUAGUAACUGACCAAAACAGAAUAUUGCCUGUAAUUCUUACAAUCAACAUUUUUACAAAAUUGAAUUUUUAAGGUUUAUGUAUAACUUAUAACUGCACUAGCUGCUGUUUGUAUCUAAUGAUAAACUGUUAUAUUCUGUUAAAAAAGGCAACUGAAUGGUGAAUGGAUGAGAUGAGCUGCUCAGGAUUGUAGAUCUAAGUGUGGUGCUAGUGUAGUGUUAACUAAUCACCACACUGAGAUUCACAGGUCAGACCAUGUUAAUCAUAUCACAUGAUUCCAUUCACCAGACUUACUUAGCAACUAUGCAGUAUUAAUGGUAGACAUUUAUAAUGCUCCAUGUUUUGGCACCUUCUUUCUAUACAAUGCACUGCAUUUCUACAUCAAUGGACAAUACUGAAUAGAUGAACGUGAUCAAAAUGUGACCUUGGUCAAGUCCGAGAUGACUCAUCUUUCUGUUACUGUACACUGAUUGUAAGUUUAAACUCCAGAUAUGCAAAGGAGGAUUUCCUGAAUCCUGAGCUUGGACCUUCUACUAGACUAUAUAGAUAAAUUUGAUGCUGUAUUAACCUUAUCUUGAAUGAUGUAGUAAUUCACCCUUGAUAGUCAUAACAACCCCUUGUCAAAUGACAGAUGUUACAUUUUACACACAAAUAUGUAUGUUUGUAUAUACAUACAUUUAUAUUCUGUAUGAAUAUAUAUAUAUAUAUAUAUAUAUAUAUAUAUCUUACAGUAUAUAUACACUCACUGGCCACUUUAUUAGGUACACACCUGUACAUCUACUUAUGCAU